CUCUUAAAAUCAAGAUGAAGACGCUUGCGGUGCUUCUCGGUGUACUAGCGACGUCACUCGCCAAACCUGGCAACUUGGGGUAUAACUAUCAGAGUCCUCAAUCGAAUUUGGUGAUUAGGCAGAACUUGCCACCGCAAAUAUUGCCCCAAGGUCAGCCCCAAAGUUUGCCGCCCCCGGUCUUACCCCAGACUAUUCCGGAACUGCAACCCUCCCAACCUUUGCCACUUUCUCAGUAUCUUCCACCGCAACAGCUGUCUAUCCAGCAGCCCGCUGUUCAGCUGAGGCAGGAGGCACCGCAGCUUUCAUUCCCUUCGCUUCCUCAGGGAUUGCCUCAACUGCCGCAGUCGUUGCCCCAGCUGCCUCAGUUCCCCCAGUUCUCGCCACAGUUGCCACAAUUUUCUCAGCAACUGCCCCAAUUGCCGCAGAUUAGUCAACAAUUCCCGCAAAUCAGUCAGCAGCUGCCGCAAGUUCCGCUACAAUUGCCUCAAAUUCCCCAGCAGAUUCCGCAGCUGCCUCUCGUUCGUCAGCAACUACCCCAACCUCUGCCAGAAUUGAAACAACCCUUGCCAUUACUUAACGAGCAAAUCAACGGUCCAUCUUUGAUUUCUACACCAUUGUCAAGUCAACCCGGUGUAUUGGUGACCAAGAACAUAUACGUACACGUACCACCCUCAGAGCCUCAGCCGUUGCCCCAGGUAUUACCUGCCCCAGCGAUUAGGAAGAACUACAAGAUCAUCUUCAUUAAAGCCCCUGAGGUGCAAGCUGCGCCUAUAGUACGCGCGUCAAGCCCUCUAGCCGGACAAUCGGAAGAGAAAACUUUGGUGUACGUGUUGGUGAAGAAACCGGAAGAACCCCAAAUAGUCGUUCCAAGUCCCGCGCCCACAGAACCGAGCAAGCCCGAAGUGUAUUUUAUCAGGUAUAAGGCACCAGGCAAUGGCGCUAGUGCACCACUAGCGCCCCAGCAGGUGGACAGCGGGUCCAAUGCCCUGCCCGUGGUUGAAGACGUUGCUAGGCAAGGGUCACCGGUGAGAAGUGGUGAAAGUAGCAGCGUGUUGUUCUCUGGGGGCGUUCCCGGUAGUAAAUACGGCCCACCCGGGUAUCAAAAGUAAUAGGUGCCACCAUUUUUGUGGUUAGUUUUUGCGCUAGUCAUAGAUAAGAGUCUGUUUUGUGAUAUCGUUGACCGUUUACGACCUUCAUACUUACGUAAUUGCGUCCAUUUGACUUUAAAAUAUCUAAAUGAAGUGAAUUUGUGCCAUAUUAGUCUGGUAUGCAGAUUUUCUCGUUAUGUAUUCAGGAAAAUAUAUUAUACGCAUCAUUGAGCAUUUUUAUUGUCC